AUGCCACUAAAAUAUGCCAAAGUUUUAACACAGUGCUUUGGAACAUAUGGUGCAACAAUAAAAGUACUCGAAGAAUACGAUGAUAUUCGUCGUCAUGCAACUGCUACAGUAGUUCAUGCAAACCGUCAAGAAGGAUCUGAAAUACUUUUGCAAAUUGUCGACGAACAUUCACCAAAUAGUUUUGAAAAUUUAUAUGAUAUACUUUCGAAAGAGACAAUAGACGAUCUAUUAAUCAAAUACAAACGUCUAGCGGGCUUUGAUCCGAACGAACCGAAUAAUGAAUCAAAUUUAUUUGCUGAAAGUGCAAAAUGUAAGGCGGAAACUGCGUAA